CCCCUUUCCUGCGUCGCACCCGGAAGCGUCCGGGUUGUGGCUGUGGGGAUGGCCGCCCUUUAUUCCCCCGCCGCCAGCCCCCGGCCGGAGGGGCGGCCAGAGCUGGUGGGCCCCGCGGAGGGCGCCGACGCGCUGUUCGUGGUGCUGGGCGCCGGCUUCACGGCGCUGAGCCACCCGCUGCUGUACGUCAAGCUGCUGGUGCAGGUGGGACAUGAGCCUCUACCUCCAACCCUUGGGAGAAAUGUACUGGGAAGAAAAGUGUUGUACCUACCUGGCUUUUUCACUUAUGCCAGACACAUUGUCAAAGUGGAUGGGAAAACAGGACUCUUCCGUGGUCUUACGCCUCGAAUUCUCUCUAGCACUUUAUCCACAAUCACCCGGGGGAGUGUGAAGAAGGCCUUUCCUUUGGAGGACAUGGAACAUGUUUCUAACAAGGAUGAUAUGAAGACUUCCCUCAGGAAAGUCAUGAAAGAGACCUCUCACGAGAUGCUGAUGCAGUGCGUGUCCCGUGUUAUUUCUCACCCCUUACAUGUAAUCUCUAUGCGCUGUAUGGUCCAGUUUGUAGGCCGGGAAGUCAAGUACAGUGGUGUGUUUAGCUCCAUCAGCAGGAUUUUUAAAGAAGAAGGCAUCCUGGGAUUCUUCGUUGGCUUAGUCCCUCACCUCCUGGGGGAUGUCGUCUUCUUGUGGUGCUGUAACCUGCUGGCUCACUUUAUCAACACCUAUGCAGUGGAUGACAAUUUCAGCCAAGCCUCUGUGAUCCGGAGCUACACAAAGUUUGUGAUGGGGAUUGCCGUGAGCAUGCUGACGUAUCCCUUCCUUCUAGUGGGAGAUCUCAUGGCAGUGAACAAUUGUGGGUUGCGUGCUGGCCUCCCUCCUUACUCUCCUGUGUUUACGUCAUGGAUUCAUUGUUGGAGACACCUCAGUGCUCAGGGGCAGCUGUUCCGAGGCUCCAGCCUGCUCUUCCGCAGAGUGUCUGCAGCAGCAAGCUUCCCCAUUGACUAACUCCUCCAUUCAGUUCAGGACCUCGGCUGGGAGAAGUGGACAAACACGGACUCUUUUUUUUAAAAAAAAAAAAAAAAAGAAGGAAACCCUUAAAGCUCUAUAUUUUCUUUCAAAUUUGAAGUCCAAGGUGCCAGAACAAACCUCCUCCUGUCCGACGAGACCAGAAAUGAAUUGGCCCAUUGAGAACUAGCUUCUAAAGUGUAGUCGGGUCAGAUUCCCUUCCCUAUGGCUGAUUCAACCAUUACCAUUGAGAGGAGAAGGGUCUUGGCUCUCUGGCCCAGCCUGUAGUUCUUGACUCAGAAGGGACAGUGUUUAAAUGUGGAUAAAACCCAGGUAUUUAAAUGGAGUAGCUUGGAGGAACUCUGGGAUCCAGUGUAGAGACAAGAGGCUGCUUUGUCAUCCAAGUAUGUGUUGCCUAAAUUGAAAAGCAGCAACAUCUGGGUUUGUCUUGCUGAGUGGGUCGCAUCAAGCCUGACCCUUCUUUGGUGCCCAGUAGCGAUGCAGUAAGGUAGUAGAAAGCACUAAAAAGCUUAUUCCCGAACCUCUGCCUUGGUGAACAACCCUUGUCUGACUGGUCUGCCGAAGCAUCUUUUCUAUGUUUUGACACGAGGGUGAAUCAGCAGGGCCAGAGAGGUUGAACUGUACUCUGCCUCUGACUGAGGAGAGCAUUAUUAAACUAGAUUCCCUUUGAUGGAUUGCUUCCAGGUAAACACUAAUUUAUGUCCUGUCCCAUUUCCUCUGGAGGACGCUCCAUCAGCCAAAUGCCUGCCAUAAGCUGCAGCUCCACUGUGGCUUAAAAUGUCCCAUUGCCCACAUUCGUACUGUCAGGGGUCAUGUGAGCACUAAGGAGCAAGAUGUUUUGGGGGAGGUGGGGUGUUGUGAUGGGAAUAAGUUAAUUAAAUCAAGUGAAGGGAAGCUGAGGAGUGCCAAGAUUGAUGUAGCCAUUGACAUUGAUAUGAGUGGAGUCCCUCAAUGGAAGCAAUGGGGCUUGUAUUCGCACUUAGAGCAGGGAUAUGCACUGUUAUAUAGAAAGCUGCUGUGUAGGCAGGAGUGUAGAAAGAUGGUCUGACUCUGGGAAUUUUCUGUAUUGGGGGGCACUAAUGAUAUAACUGCUGGAAUUCACUGUAGCUGAAUAGUAAACUUUUUAGGCAUGUAAUUGCCUGCUAGUUACUGGAUUAGAUGGACCAUUGGUCUGACAUGAUAUGCUUCUACUGUACUGGCUCUGCAGUCAUGCUGGUGACCCAAAGCCAGGCAGCACCAACCUCAGGCAGCAAUUGGUGGUAUCUUCCUGGCAAAGCCAAGCAUUGCUACUUGCACACUAGAGAGAAACUUCGCCCCCUUACUACAGUGGUACCGAUGAAUGGCAUUGCUUAUAUUAGUUCAGUUUGCUAAUGGGCAACAAAACAAAUUUGGCACAACUUAAAAUGUCUGUUUAGGUACCAACUAGAGUAAUGGAAUAAGCCUCAAAGAAUUGAGAGGAUGUUUGACAGUCAAGUCCACCAAGUCUCUAUGCACUUCAAACACUAAGGUGCCUGUCGUGGUGUUUUGGGGCCUUGUGUAGCAGAGCUCCCCUCUGGUUGCAGAGUAGGAUUUAUCUGCAGCUCCCGAGAUGGAGGUUUUCCCAAUGUUCUGUGCUGUGACAACGGACAGGCAGGUUUCCCCCUUUUUCAGUCCCUGUCUUGCUUAUUCUGCUGAGCAGUCCUUUAUGUCUGGUCCAAAUGUGCAUUGUUCCAUCUUCCUGUUUUAAUGGGGCCCGGAAGAGCUUUCUGGGACCACGAGCAAACACCCUAACAAUUGUUGUGAGUUAGGAAUGUUGCAUCGAAGCGCGAGAGGUCUGCCCCUCGGCACUUCCUGCAUGGUUUGCUUCCAAGAUAACAGAGCAAGCUCCAUCACGGUUGGCUUUGGUUCUUGAAGUUGGCAGUGAUUCAUGAGAUGACUGGGACAGUCUGCAUCUUCCAUGCAUGAUGCCUCCAUCCUGAUCUGUCAUUACGUGAAGGCUUCUCAUGAGCAGAUGGGCUUGUUACAAGACCUGACUACAGUGUAAGUUUUAUGCGUGACCCAAGAUGUGCAAUGGAAAGGCUUUGUGGCCUUGGCAAUGGCAGCUGCUACAAACAAGGACCUUGCUCCCAGUAUGUUGGGGGUCCUACUCUCCCUUCACCCCAUCUUCCCUUUGAAAUGGUUGAUGUUAACAAUGACAACAAAUGCAUGCUUGUAUUCUGUAACGGUGAGAGGUUAUCUCCAAAGAGGAUUUAACUGUGCUCUGAAAUAAACCUGUGAAAAAACA